AUGAAGUCGCUGCGGUUCAUCAGUGCUGAGGCAUUGGUAUCGAAUGCACAGCUUGCCAGGAAAAGUCUCAGCAGUGUUGCACAUAACCUUUUUCCGCUUCUUUUUAAAGCUAGUUAUUUACUGGAGCAGGGGGAAGUGAUUCAUGACCUGGUGGAAAACUGGCCCCUGGCAGACUUUAAUAUAGGAAAACUGUUAGGGACAACAGUGGAUUACCAGGAAGACAUCAGCAGCAGAGCAUGCUGUGUUUGUUUGGAAAGUUGUCUAGUUGGGCUGAGAGAUUAUGUGCUGAAUUGCUCUUCUCCAUACUCGAAGAGACUGAAAGUGGUGGACCUGACAGGCAUAAAAGAUGUUGAAGUUCAGCUCUGCAAGUGUAAGAAGACUCUGGGAAGGUGGGCCAGGACAGAGCUACUAUCAAAGCUCUGUUUUGAGCUGCUUGUUGAAAUGCAAAGGUUGCAGUUCAAUCCAUGUAUCUUUGAUAUUGCUAUUGACAUUCUCAUUGACCUGUUUGUUACAGAGCGGAACUAUGAACUUGUGGUUCAAGCCUUACUGAUGAGGUGCCACUGUCCACUAAAGAUUCGUUGUGUGGCAUUCAGAGCUGACAGUCUCACUUUACGAAAGCUUUUCUACAUCAUAAAGCUCACAGAUCCCUCUUCGCUGCGCAAACUUGAAGUGGUUCACAAUAUUCGUUUGGAAAUGGAGCACUUGGAAGUGCUAUUUAAUAACAUCCACUUUCCUCUACUGACAUCGCUUACCCUGCCAGCCAGAGCAUUCAAUGUGCAGCGGUUUGCAGCCGAGGAUGAACCAAUCCUUAUGACUAUUGGAGAAAAGAUGAGCCAAAUGACGCAGCUGACUGAGCUGAGCCUGGCAUUUUCUACCCUCACAGGAAAAAUACGGAAACUGCUCAGCCCACUGAAAACCCCUCUGAAACUACUGGAUGUUUCUAACUGCGCCUUGAACCAUGCUGACAUGGCCUAUUUAGCCAAUAGCCUCCAUUCUAACCACCUGGAAGUACUGGACCUUAGUGGGCACAAUGUGGCUGACCUUUACCCAUCAACCUUCUUUAAACUUCUCAGCCACUGCUCUCAUACUCUGAAGAUUCUCAUCCUCGAGGAAUGUAACAUUCAAGACAUUCAUGUAAAUAUGUUGAUUUUGGGUUUGAUCCCCUGCCGGAAGCUACAAGAAUUCAAGUUCCUUGGAAAUCCCCUGUCAUCCCGUGCACUUAAAUGCCUCUUUAAUGUUUUUAGUGACUUGCCAAAGCUGAAAUACAUUGAGUUCCCAGUUCCUAGGGACUGCUAUCCUAACAAUGUCACCUACCCAAUUGAUGAUGCUGAUCUUUCAAAAUUUGAUCACCAAAAAUAUGAGAGUGUAUCAGAGGAACUUAACAAUAUUUUACUUCAUGCAAACCGGGAGGACAUAAAGGCUUCAACACCACUCUUCGGAGGCUAUGAUGCAGCCAUUCAAGAGACUGGCAAUGAACUGGGAGCUUACUUACUGAAAUCUUUCAAAGAUACUUUAGAAAACUUUAACAAAGCUCUUCAAGAAAUGAAUUAA